UCACUCAGAACAGUCCAGUAGCACGCUGCUAUGGCGGUUGGCAAGAGUUUGCCUGCCUCUGGCGAGUUGGAUCUGGACCAACUCAUCGCAAAGCUGAAGCGGGACGGGGACAUCGUGCCCGAAAUUCUCCCGGAGCGACUUCUGAAAGCAGCUUGCCAGCAGCUGAAAAGCAUCCUCAUUGAGGAGAGCAACGUUCAGCCUGUGCAGCUGCCGGUUGUGAUAUGUGGUGACCUUCAUGGUCAGUACUUCGAUCUGUUGGAGCUCUUCAACAUCGGUGGACAAAUUCCAGAGAAAAACUACAUUUUCAUGGGUGACUUUGUUGAUCGAGGAUACAACAGCGUGGAAACUUUUGAGCUUCUCAUGCUUCUGAAGCUGCGGUAUCCAGCCAGCAUCACCCUCCUGCGGGGCAAUCACGAAUCCCGGCAGAUUACGCAGGUGUAUGGCUUUUAUGACGAAUGCCUGCGAAAAUAUGGCAAUGCGAAUCCGUGGAAGUACUGCACAGAGGUCUUUGACUAUCUUACGCUGACAGCCAUCGUAGAGAACUCAAUUUUUUGUGUUCAUGGAGGCCUGUCUCCGGAUGUGAAAAUCUUGGAUCAGAUCCGCACCAUCAACAGAGUGCAGGAGAUCCCUCACGAAGGCGCAUUUGGAGACAUCGUGUGGUCUGACCCGGAGGACAUCGAGUCUUGGGCUGUCAGCCCUCGGGGCGCUGGAUGGCUUUUCGGGGAGCGCCCCACACAGCACUUCAACCGCCUAAAUGGACUUGACUUGAUAGCACGAGCACACCAGCUGGUGCAGGAAGGCUACAAGUACAUGUUUGGCGAUACGCUUGGAGAGGAGAACAAGACCGGAUUGCUAGUGACGGUCUGGUCCGCUCCAAACUAUUGCUACCGUUGUGGCAAUGUGGCCUCCAUUCUGGAUGUUGAUGAGCGAGGGCAUCGGGAGUUCCGAAUCUUCCAGGAAGUACCUGCUUCCGCUGCUGCCGUGCCGCCUCGACAGCUGGUACCGUACUUCUUGUGAUGGGCAAAGCGUUCCCUGGAAAAGUACGAAGCUGGCGGAUCACAGCAAGAGACCUGAUAUUUGUCAGCAAUUGUCGUCGCUUGUGAUGUUGUAUUUGCAAGCAGGUCGUCUUGCUGUCGUUGCUUGCUCACGGUGGCAAGCUGUGCUAAUGUGCCAUGUUCCCUUGAAGCCAGACACUGCGUGGCACGCCUCAGCAUGUCAGCGGCCGCAAGGAAUGGCUACUCGACUGGCAGGAAGCCAGUGACAGGUGCCAACGGCAGGUGUGGAAGUCAUUUUGCAAAUGCUCCAUGCAUGGCAUGGCGAGCUGCAAAUAACUUGCCACAACCAGAACUGCCUCAUGCUGGCAUGCAGCAGCCGAAGCAUGCGACUGUUCUCGGGACACCGGCAUUGCCAUUGAAUGCC